UAAAAUAAGAUAACCACGCAUUUUUUGACGCUUUACUGAUUCAGUACGGAAAGCGAAAGACAAGAUUGUUGUUGGUUGAUCGAUAACGAUAACCCGGAACGAUAACCAGUUGAGAGAUGCCGCRAGGAUUCCGAAGGCAUUCCGAAUACGAUUUAGUCAUGAAGACGAGUCAUGAAUGUUUACCAGUCCAGAUCGCUCUGUUUGCUUACAAACUUGAACGUGUUGAUAUUACAUGUAGCUAGUAAAAUUCUGCUUUUUAAGAAUUACAUUUUAAUUCUAGAUCUAUAGGAACAAAAAYUACAAAUGAGUGGACUGAAUUCGCGAGUAGUGUCUUUAUUGGUGAUUUUUAGUUGUGUUUUGUCUUGCAUGUCGGAAGUGCAAGAUGAAAAGAGCAAUGRUGCUGAUAGCGAGGAAUUUCAUGCACAACACGCAGACGACAGAGGGCAUUUGUUAGCUCACAUAUCAGAUAGGAUGGAUUUAGAUGGAGAAGGGUUAAGACAUAUUAAAAGUCACUUGGGAAAAAUAUUAGGAGAAGCUGGUAGCAAGGAUGCAGAUGAUAUYGAGAAAGGAGACAAUGCCAAAGGAAUAUUUUACUUUUUCAAGCUUCAUGACUACGACAACAACAACAAACUUGAUGGAUUAGAACUAUUAAGUGCCUUGACAGAUUUUCACGAAGAGGACAAUGUCCAAGAUGACAAAGUUGGAGGCAAGAACUUUGCGCAAGAAGAGGCUGUGAAAAUAGCAGAUGAGUUACUGGAAAAACAUGACAAAAACAAAGAUGGGAUGAUUGAUUUUCCUGAACUAAUGGAUUCAAAAGCAAAUUCUUUGAUGACAGAUCUAGACAAGGAUAUCGAACAAAAUAUUGAGACAGAACAACCAGGACAUUGAUUAAGAAAAAAUAAUUUGAGCUCUUAGUAAAAUAACAAACUUUUUCUUCUUUUUUCCCAAAGGUCUCUAUCAAGAGAAAAUGAACUAAGAGAAGGAACUUCAGGUUUUCAUGUUUUAACCAUCAUAAGCACGAUUUGAUGCUGUUUUUAGAAUCAUACUUGCCAUUGUUUGUUUUCAGAAAAAAACAAACGAUCAAAUAAAUGAAUCUAAAAACAGCAUCAAUGAUUCUAAAAAGUGCUUAUGAUGGGGUGUGGGGAUUCCUUCUGUUAGUUUAUAUUCUGUUGUCUCUAUUCUUUACCAUAACUUUGUGGUCCAUUUUUACAGUCCUGAUACGAAAGGGUGCAUUUAUAAUUAUUUAACUCAAAUGUUUGCUGUAGCUAAAUAAGUUCAACGUUUUAAAAAUUAUAUAAACUUAAUUUGUUGUGCCAUAGUUAGUAAGAAAAACUAAUGGCAUUUGGGGAAAGCACUUCCAUAUUUUUAUCAAGAGCAACAAGCAUUUUCUCAUAACACAAGAAGAUUUGUCAUUUUUUUAUUACUUUGAAUACUUCGGAUUUUCUCCAAAGGCCAUCACCAUCAGACCAUGGAUCUUUCAAUAUCCACGAUAUCACACUUUGCUGUUGAUGGCCUUUUGAAAAUUUUUUAUUCCUUAUCAAACCGUAUGCCCAGGCAAAGUAUAUUUUUGGUCUUGCGUUUGUGUUACUUUAGUUUAUACAGGUACUUUUGCUUGCGUUUGGGUUUGYGUUUUCCCCGGUUUUACAAACGCAUUCCAUUUCAUUAUUUUUCAGCCCAGAGGUUGUUGUUUCAAGGUUUGAUCUGUGAGUUAGUCAUUCCCUGACUCUGAUCAGCCCGGGUUCUUUYAGGGUUCUAUUUGGAUAGCUAAAUGACUGUUCCCAUGGAAACGAAUUAAAGUAGACAUUCAGUGAAGCAA